UCUCUCUCUCCUGAAAUGUGCGUCUCUACCAAGACCACUCUCCCCCGGGCUGAAACGGCUGGGGCAAUCUGGGAAUAUGGGAAGAACGAGUAUGAUCUUCUGGUGAUUGGUGGAGGUUCUGGAGGCCUUGCUUGUGCAAAAGAAGCUGCUCGGUUUGGAAAGAAGGUGGCUGUUAUAGAUUAUGUGGAUCCUUCACCUAAAGGAACCAAAUGGGGACUUGGGGGCACUUGUGUGAAUGUUGGCUGCAUUCCUAAAAAGCUUUUACACCAAGCAGCACUUUUAGGGAGCGCCCUUAAAGAUGCCCAUUGUUAUGGCUGGAAUAUAUCCCAUCCUGUUCACCAUGACUGGUCUACAAUGGCAGAAGCUGUUCAAAAUUAUGUCAAAUCCUUGAACUGGGGACACAGGGUGCAGCUACAGGAAAAAAAAGUGAAGUAUUUCAACCUUAAAGGCAGUUUUGUGGAUGCACACACGAUCUGUGGUUUGACAAAUGCAGGUAAAGAGACUGUCAUUACUGCAGAAAACAUCGUCAUUGCCACUGGAGGGAGACCAAAAUAUCCUACAAAUAUUGCAGGUGCAUUGGAAUAUGGAAUUACAAGUGAUGAUAUAUUCUGGUUGAAAGAAUCUCCUGGAAAAACGUUGGUGGUUGGAGCCAGUUAUGUUUCCCUUGAGUGUGCUGGUUUUCUCACAGGCAUUGGACAGGAUACCACAGUUAUGAUGAGAAGUAUCCCACUUCGAGGGUUUGAUCAGCAAAUGUCCUUUUUAGUAACGAAUUAUAUGGAAUCCUGUGGUACAAGAUUUUUAAAGAAAUGCACACCAAGUAAAGUUGAAAAGCUGGAGAGUGGAAAACUGCAAGUUACUUGGAAAUAUGCUGACUCUGGCAAAGAAGAAAUGGAUGAUUUUGACACAGUGAUGUGGGCAAUAGGCCGAACACCUGACACUAAAACUCUGAAUCUGGAGACAGUUGGGGUGAAAAUUAACUCUGAAACUGGAAAGAUCAUUGUUGAUCCCAAAGAAGCUACUUCUGUUCCUCACAUUUACGCAAUUGGAGACAUAACAGAGGGGCGCCCUGAACUGACACCUACGGCAAUUGCUGCAGGAAAGCUGCUGGCUCAACGUCUCUUUGGCCAUUCUUCAGAACUGAUGGAUUAUGACAAUGUACCCACUACAGUUUUCACUCCUCUGGAAUACGGUUGUGUAGGACUGUCAGAAGAAAAGGCAGUGGAACAAUAUGGACUGGAUAACAUAGAGGUAUACCAUGCAUAUUAUAAACCUUUGGAAUUUACAGUGGCUGAAAGAGAUGCUACUCAAUGUUACAUAAAAAUGAUAUGUUUGCGAGAGAGACAGCAGCGGAUCCUUGGUCUUCAUUUCAUUGGCCCAAAUGCAGGUGAAGUGAUUCAAGGAUUUGCUCUUGGAAUAAAAUGUGGUGCUACCUAUGCACAGAUAAUGAAAACUGUUGGCAUUCACCCUACCUGUGCUGAAGAAGUAAUCAAGUUACAUAUCACGAAACGCUCUGGUUUGGAAGCAACGGUCACAAGUUGCUGAGGCUAAAUACAAUCCCUGGACAGAAGUUCAAAGCACAUAGUGGAAUUGAGAAGGAAAAAGAACAUUUUAAACUGACACAGCUUUGGUAAUUGUAGUCCUGCAGCUCAAGGUUUCUUAGGUAUCAGUGAACAGCAAAAAGGAAAUGUUACAAUUCUAGACAUACAGAACCUACCAAAAGAAUAACUUAUACACAUCUUUACAAGGAAUGCUGCGCUUAACCUUCAGGAAAUAAGAUUUAUGUUAAAAAGUAUCACAUUGGAGUUCCUGUGUCCUUCGUCUUGCUGAGAGCUAGAGAAAAUCAUGUGUCUCCGGCCCUUCACUUGACAUCUAAUGCCAUUUACAACUUAAACAGAUGCCACUAUGUUACAGGAACUGUGACCAUCACACCACCAAACAUCCCCACCCACUGCCAAAUUAAUCCCACUUGGAUGCCAUCUCUCAGAGAAAUGCUUUGUCAAACCGAGGUGUUGCGCAGUAUGCUCUCCAAGAUGCCAGGCAUUUGGAGCUAUCUGACAGCAUAUUGUGUGACUUCCACAGCGAGGGUUUUCCCAAGAGAAUGCCUUGCUACUGACUUCUCCCAGGAAUUCACUCAUGAGGAAUGAUGUCUGAAUCGCACUGAACCGAACUAAGGUCCCUGAUAGUGCAUAGCAACAUGGACAAUCUUUCCUUCUCAGCUCUGACAAGACUACUCCGUACUGCUGAUAAUCACAAGAGUUCUAACUGAAGGCUCAUUGACAAGGGACAGAUACCAAAACAUGUAGCAGUAGGUAAGCAGCCUUCCUUGUUUCAGGGAAAUUUACCAUAUUGAGAAAUUAGUAAUAGAGGAAAAUAUAGAGAGUGACCAUUAGAACUUUAAUGCUAUUGAGUGAGUUCACUGUUGGCAUAAGACACAGUGUGUCACUGUGGAAGCUCAAAGAAUUCAUUUAACAAUGAGGAAACUUUGCCAUUUAAACACUCACAGAAAGUACUUGGGGUUAGUAUUAACUUUCCUGCACAUUUUUCAAACUGACAAUUUCAGCUCAAUCUGAAUUGUCAGAUCACAAUGCUCCAAUGCCAAACAGCAAACAGCAUUGAACACACUGACAUAGAACGCUGUGUGUGCUGACCACAUAGCUCAUAUAUUUGAUGUUAAUUGGAGUGUGGUUUAUAUGAUCUGUUGAUUUUUUAAAUAGAUUUACAUUGACACCUGUAACUCUCAAAAUUAACUGGGCUCUGAAUUGCAUUAUAUUAAAAAGAACACCAGAAAGAAAAUGUACCUGUUCAGAACUACCAUAAGUUGUCUGUCUGCAAAUUAUUCUCUCAAUGUAUUGCCCAAACUUCUUGUAGGAAGAAAGCACUCACCCUUCUGGGAGAUACUACUUAUUCGUAUUGGCCAGAAGGGGGAGAUCCCAUCCAAGAUGUGGCUAUAUAAAAACAAGAUAUCCAGUAGCAAAGCUGCUUUUGCCCAAUAAUGUUAAAUAGGUAGCCUGACAAAGGCAAAACUAAAAACAACCCCUUAAAAACUCAUUUCAAAUAGCAAUGUAUUGUUUAUAUUGUAUUUUGAUAAGUGCAAUCACAUAUUUACUCAGGAACCUUUAAAAUAGUGCAUGUGGGAAGUAGAGGGAUUAAUUAACAUUAUUUACAAAGACCAAUAAAAAUUAGUUUUUCAUGCUGUAUUUUAAACAGCAUUUAACUAAUUAGUUUUGAUCAUUUACUAGCCAUCCUAGCCUUGCUAAUUGCAACGUUCAUAAGAAUAGUUUGCUGGCUAUUUAUAUCUUUAAAAUGGACAGAAUAAGAAAAAAAUUAAGUCAUUAAGUUACUGUUUCACCAUGAUUUAUACUAAAGACAAGUGGUAGAUUUAAUUGAAAUUUAAAAUAUAUCUUGCCAUCAAAAUGAUACACCACAUACCACAGAAGCUAGUGGAAAAACUCUGAAGUUUCAGCAGAUGUUAUCAAAACAAAUGUAAUAGUACUUAUCAGCAUGCCAUCAAGAUGGUAUUAAAAUACAUUCCGUUCAGGAAUCUGACUUGAAAAGACAAAACAAACCCCCACAAUCUAUACUGGUUCUAACUACCUCAUUUCCAAAGUUUGACACUGUAAAUCAAAUGUUACAAAAGUAUUGUCUUGCUUCAGUGGGUAAUAAACUCUAGCAGUGCAGAAAAAGUAAAUAGAUUUCCUUUUGGUAUUCAAGAAACAUAAGUAAAAUCUCUAUGUAGUAGGUUAUAAUAUUUCUAAGUUGGUUUCACAAGGCUAGAAUUUCAAGAUACAGUUCACAACUACUGCUGUUUUCCUAAAAAAACAAAAUACACAUCAAUUAUGGAUAAGUUGCUUUUGUGGCUCCUACCAUUACAUAUUUUAGAAUAGUAUGUUCAAGCCAGGAUUUGUAUUGAGUACUCCAUAAAAGAGAGGAGUGGCUCAAUCAAAUGGGGCUGCUUAAUGAAUACAGUAUUCUGCAUUUCUGAUCACUUCUGUUGACUUAUUUGAUUAAGCACUAAGAACAAGUCUAUGGACUUGCAGGUGAAAGAAAACAUUUUGGGAACGGAAAUAUAUUUGGUGUAUUGCCUUUUUGUUGCUAUUCCCUUCAUAGAAAAUGUCUUGAAAGUGUCAUGUUGACACAUGCAUAGUCAAAAACUCCCUAUCUCCUUUGGUAAGAAAGGACUUCCUUAUGAAACAUAAUAUAGGAGCCAAAACACCUCUGUACAUUUUUGACCAAUUAAAAAAAGCUUACCAUAAAAUUGAAAUCCUUUCAAAAUAUUUUAGUUAAUUUAAAUGUUGAGUGUUUCAGAGCAAAACCUAUUUGUUCUUCUUAGCUAGUGGGGUAUAUUAUCGACUUCACCUAAAGCAUUUCAGUCUAUGGAAAUCUGGCUAAGAGAAGCAGCCCUCAGUUGGUUAUAAGGUAUAUGUGUGAGAAUUUCUAAUGAUUCCUGCAUUGUACCAUGCCAUUGCUCAGUUCCUUGGCAGGCAUUUUUUAGGCACCCACUGGUUCAGCCAUGGGUCAUGUUGCUACUUUACUCAAUCCUACCUGAGUAGUAAUGCGCAAUAUUUACCUACAGAAAGCGUUCUAGGAGGUGAGAUUAUUUAAUUUCUCUUCUAUCAUGAGACUUCCAGUGGACAAAAACAACUUGCUGUACUGCAUCCAGUAAACAAAUCUGGUGGGAAACUAUCCAAGAUUUUAUGUGGGAUGUGAAAUUAAUCAACAUCAUCACUGUCUAAAGUAGAUAUCUCAUGUAGCCUUUUUUGUUUUCAAGAAUUUAUUUUCACUAGUUUAGAAUCACAAUAUGGGCUUUUAUAUAUUCCAUGAAAAUUGAUGUUGCAUCUUAAAUUGCAUCCUGGUGCUAGUUCUCAUUGACUACAUGGUGUUGUCCACUGAAGUAAAUAUUGGUGUAUGUUCAUAGCUACAAAAUACUUAUGUGUCAGAACCAAGAGCGAAGCAGAGUAACUGAAAACUAUUUGGAUUGGUAUUAUUUUCUUGGUGGAUUCCUUGUGUGCUCUCCAGGGAUAGCUUUUUGUAAUAGAACCAGCCUGACUAGUGUUGAGGGAAAAUUCAGGUAGAUGCUGCAAAUUAUUUUCUGCAUGUGUAAAUGAAAUGUAUGUUUAAUGAAUAUACACAGUUAGGCUGUUUUCUCAGGGUGCCAGUUAAUGAUGGCUUGUGUGUCAAACCACACAGUGGAGUAGACAAGUCUGAGGAUUGCUGGGCCCCUAUUAUAUAUGAUCCUUGUAUGGUUACAUUAUGGACAAAUAAAUAAUUUUCUUUUAAAAAAAA